AUGCUAAUUACUUUGUUGAGGAAGGUCACAAAUGGGAGGGAUUUGAUUAGGCAGGCUAUGAGAAGAUUUGCCAAUGCUUAUUUGACUCUUGGUUGUCUUGAUAUGUUUGACUCAGAUUAUUCUAAGUCUAAUAGGUUUGCAACUACAAAAGAUGGAAGAAAAAUUGCAAAGAGUGUCAUGGAUCAUCGUUUCUGGAAGAAUAAUGUUAUGUGUCUCAAGACUGCAAAUUCUCUCAUGGAGGUGCUUAGGUUGGUGGAUUUUGAUGCAAAACCCACCAUGAGUUUCAUCAAUGAGGUGAUGGAUUCUUGCCAAAAAUAA